CGAUGACGUUGUUGCGGCGGGCUCCAUCAUCAUCACCACCGAACAAAGACAUGACACUUGGACGGCGAGAUUAUUGAUGGGGUGACUUGUGGAACAGCUGUUGUUCGAUGUAUUAUUGUGCAUGGAUGGCACGAGCUGGAAAAAGGUGGCUUGACACGGGGGCUUGAUGCUUUGGGGUUCGCUAGGCUAGCAGCAGGGCCUGCAUGGAUCGAGCAUGGGCGAUUGUUCGCCUGUGGGUGCCCGCUGCCCGCUGCCCGCUGCCCUGUGCUGGGUGCUGGAUGCAUUUGCCCAUCUUUUCCAGCUCCCGCUCCCAUCCGGCACGUCAUCUCAAUCCACCUUGGGGCCACCUUCACCUUCACCUUCAUCUUGCUGAACUUGCACCUUUCCGUUCUCACUCCUCGGCGCCAUUCAUUCCUUUUACUCUCCAACUCCUUCACCACCGCAGUCACUUUUAUUCGAAGUCUGAUUGCAGUAUUCGAGCUUCGAAUUGACUCUGCUAACACCCUGUCUUGCGCAUUCAGACCUAUCACCAACCUCUUUUCGCCUUUCGCCUGCUCAAUCGAACCUGAGCACGAGCCCCUCCUCCUCCUCUCACUGCCACACUACAAUCACUCAAGAUGCACCGCACAUAUUCUAUGCGCCAAUCGCGCGCUCCUACUGCUUCUCAGAUCGAGAACCCUCCUCCGCCUCCGUCCUCCACCAAGGGCGGCCGUCUGUUCGGUCGUUCCAACUUUGGUACGUGAGACCACUGCUUGGUACACCUCCCCAUCUGACGGCGAGUUAGGACAUGCCUUCAGAAAAGGAACGGCUGGUGCAUUUGGCCCAGAUCUCGCGAAGAAACUCUCGCAGCUCGUCAAGAUGGAGAAGAACGUCAUGCGCAGUAUGGAGCUGGUAGCACGCGAACGGAUGGAAGUGGCUCAACAAUUGUCUCUGUGGGGUGAAGGUUGCGACGAGGAUGUCAGCGACGUCACUGACAAGCUCGGUGUUCUCAUCUACGAAAUGGGCGAGCUCGAAGAUCAAUUCGUGGACCGAUAUGACCAAUACCGUGUGACCAUCAAGUCCAUUCGCAAUAUCGAAGCCUCUGUUCAGCCUUCCCGAGACCGCAAGCAGAAAAUCACCGAUCAAAUUGCUCAGCUCAAGUACAAGGAGCCCAACAGCCCUCGAAUUGUCGUCCUGGAGCAGGAACUCGUCCGUGCCGAAGCCGAAUCUCUUGUCGCCGAGGCUCAACUCUCGAACAUUACCCGUGAGAAGCUCAAGGCAGCAUUCACCUACCAGUUCGACGCCAUUCGUGAGCACAGCGAAAAGGUGGCCAUCAUUGCCGGAUACGGCAAGCAUCUGCUCGAGUUGGUUGAUGAUACCCCGGUCACGCCUGGCGAGACCCGUCAGGCCUACGACGGUUACGAGGCCUCCAAGGCUAUUAUCCAGGACUGCGAGGAUGCCUUGACCAACUGGGUGUCAUCCCGCGCUCAAGUGGCGUCCAAGCUUUCCACCCGCGCGCGCAAUCUCAGCCAGCGCAGAAAGAACGCCGCCAAGCGCGAGGGUGGUGUUGACCUAGCCGGUCAAGACCAGCCCAUGAAGGAUGACCGCGACAGCUGGGUUCCCGCUGGACAGCACGGAGAGUACGAGCAAGAGGAAGAAGAUGAGGAGGACGAAGAGGGAGAGGAGCAACACCAUGAAGGUGCUAAUGGUCAACAUCAGGUGCCCGCUUAGAUGUCCCUCCGGGCCAAAUCGUUCGAACGAGCCCUUCUGAGCGAGAUCGAAAUCGUGUCAACGCUUGCGUGAUGGAAAUGCUGCGAUUUGUCAAGACAAAUACCCUCGGUUCUUGGUUGGCGCAGGCAGGAGUCGUGACCGUGACGCGCACUAAUCGAUAUGUGUCUUGUUUGAGUUAAGGUCUUUGGACGAUAUGAGGAUUGCCUGUCGUUGAGGAUGUGUUUGUUCGCCACGUUUCUCUCCAUCUUCAGAACAAAUCAGCAAUACAUGCCCAACCAGCUAGGGUCGAUCUGAAUCAAGAUAGGGAAACAGGCGGACAGACACGAGUUGAAGGCACGAGUCACCUUUGUUACUGUAGUCAAUAGCAUAAUGAAAUAAUGGAAGCAGAUCAGAACACGCGGCUCGUGGCUGAUGUUUCUUGUCAAUGACUCGUGGUUUGACCAG